AUGAAGUUUAAACCCAUUGGCGGAAAGCAAGAUUUUUAAUCUCAUUGGGACUGGCAGGAGAUAGCUGCAUUGAACAGUUUCACAAACUCAAAUACUCAUCAUUGCAAGAUCUGUGGCAAGAAAUUUCAAAACAUUGGUUCUCUAUACAAACAUAGAGAUGUUCAUAGGGGAAAAACCCAAUGUCCUAUUUGUUUUGUGGUGUACAGUCGGACUGGGGAUAUGAGAAGUCACAUGAAAUUGAAGCACGGAGGCUUAGUUUGGCGAGGUGGACGACCUCCUGCGCGGAAAGGCAAAGACUCUUCAGAGCCAGGCAGCAAACGUAAGUUUGUAUGUGUGGUUUGUGGAGCUGCCUACAGCCAUGCAAAAAGCCUGAGCAGCCAUCUGCGUUAUCAUGCUGGUGAGACUGAGUGUCAUCUGUGCCAUAAAGUUCUCAGUCGAAGAACUCACGUUACUCGUCAUCUGAUGGUCAAACACGGGAUCAAAUUACCAUCUCGAAUCAAGAAAGAACAAGAGUAGAAAUCUUUCCAUAGACAUAUUAGAACUUUGUGUUGUGUAAUUCAUCAGAGUGCAUGAUUAAUUAUGUAAUGAUUAUUGAGAAUAUAUUCCUUUAGCAUUUUGUAUACAUUAUUUGUCUCUUAGAGCUAGUGUUUGUGAAAUUGUUAAAACUAAAUUUGUCCAAAAUUGGAACUUCAAACAUGCUCAUGAAAUGAUGAUAUCACUGUUGUCUAUAUUUCCAGAAAAUUUAUGAAUGUCGUGCAAUAUAGAUUAUGAAAGAAGGAUAGUAUGUAGCACAAAGUGCAAUUCACAAAAGAAAUAUUUCAUUUUAGACCUGAGAAUUAGAGCUGUAACAUAUAACAUUUUAGAUAGUGCCUUGUAUAGAGAAGUAUGUAACUUUCAAGGUUUUGUUAACUGUAUGUAAUGAAUAGAUAUUACUAUUAGAAUUUAUAAGUUUUUACAUCUAUUAUGUACAUAUUUCUUAUCCUUUGAGGAUAAUAGAAUUACAACAUUGAAGUUUAUGUUCAGCUGUAGUGAAGUCACUGUGUCAUUUAUCCAGUGUAAACAUUUAACUAAUUCUUUUUAUAUUUGUUGCAUCAGCUUAAUUUUUUCUACAUGUGUCCUUACUAUUUUAAACUUAGCUCUGAAGUUGAGGAAAUGUUAACGUAUUGAUUCAUAUGGUAGAAAUGAGGACUACAUGAAAACAUGUACUAUUGCAUUAAUUGAGUCAGAUGUAAAUUGGUGUCAUUUGUAAUCGCCUGUGUUCUUUUUGAGUGUUAAUACA